GGCGGUCGCAUGCAGCCUCUAUGAGGCCCCUGUCGCCGGUCGGCGAUGUCCGCCUGGAGCUUUCGCCUUCGCCGCCGCCGUUGCAGGCUGUGAGCGGGUCUCUGGUCGACUCGUCUGGGCGUCCCAUGGCCUCUAGCAGAUCCCUGGUGCCCGACCGGCUGCGUCUGCCUCUCUGCUUCUUGGGUGUCUUUGUCUGCUAUUUCUACUAUGGGAUCCUGCAAGAAAAGAUAACAAGAGGAAAGUAUGGGGAGGGAGCCAAACAGGAGACGUUCACCUUUGCCUUAACGUUGGUGUUCAUCCAGUGUGUGAUCAAUGCUGUAUUUGCCAAGAUCUUGAUCCAGUUUUUUGACACUGCCAGGGUGGAUCGCACUCGGACCUGGCUCUAUGCUGCCUGUUCCGUCUCAUACGUGGGUGCCAUGGUCUCCAGCAACUCAGCACUACAGUUUGUCAACUACCCAACUCAGGUCCUUGGUAAAUCCUGCAAGCCAAUCCCAGUCAUGCUCCUUGGGGUGACUCUCUUGAAGAAGAAGUACCCACUGGCUAAGUACCUGUGUGUGCUGCUGAUUGUGGCUGGAGUGGCCCUUUUCAUGUACAAACCCAAGAAAGCAGUCGGGAUGGAAGAGCACACUGUUGGCUUUGGAGAGCUGCUUCUGCUUUUGUCUCUGACCCUGGAUGGACUGACAGGUGUUUCCCAGGACCACAUGCGAGCUCAUUACCAAACAGGCUCCAACCACAUGAUGCUGAACAUCAACCUUUGGUCCACACUUCUGCUGGGAGCUGGAAUCCUAUUCACUGGAGAGCUCUGGGAAUUCUUGCGCUUUGCAGAAAGGUACCCCAACAUCAUCUAUAAUAUCCUGCUCUUUGGCCUGACCAGUGCUCUGGGCCAGAGCUUCAUCUUCAUGACAGUUGUGUAUUUUGGCCCCCUGACCUGUUCCAUCAUCACCACCACGCGGAAAUUCUUCACCAUCUUGGCUUCUGUGAUUCUUUUUGCCAACCCCAUCAGCCACAUGCAGUGGGUGGGCACUGUGCUGGUAUUCCUGGGUCUUGGUCUCGAUGCCAAGUUUGGAAAAGGCACAAAGAAGACAUCCCACUAGGAGGAAGAAGACUUCUCUACUUCAAGAACAUUUAAGUUAUUGUGUCUGUAAUGUGUCUUGGGAAAAUGGACUCAGUCGCAAUAAGGGGCUGGGUUACAAUCUUUUCUAAAGAAACAAAAGGGAAACAAGAUGACAAAGUGCUUGGGUUGUAACAAGACAAGUGAAUAGUCUCUGCUCUUGCACAGUCCAGCACAAAUAAAGAGGAGAAAGACAAA